AUGGGGGCCAAGAGCGAUUUCAGAGUGGUGAUCGGAGGCGGCAGCAUUACCGGCCUCACGCUGGCCAACAUGCUGCAGCUGUACGACAUCGAUUUCAUUGUUCUUGAAUCAUAUGCGGACAUUGCACCUCAAGUGGGCGCCAGCAUCGGUCUGUUGCCGCACGGGAACAGGAUAUUAGACCAACUCGGCCUGUUUGAGAAGGUCCUGGAGCUCUGCCCUCCUCUGGACUCGUUCCACUUUCGUGACAGUUCGGGCAACAUCAUAGCCGAAUUCCGAGGCAUGACCCGAUCCAUGUACGAGAGACAUGGCUAUCCCAUCACAUUCUUAGAUCGCCAAAUGGUCCUUAAGGUACUAUACGACAACAUCCGCGACAAAACCAAAGUCCUCACCAAGAAAAAAGUACAGAGCGUCGAGCUCACGGAUGAUGGAGUGGUGGUCAAGACCUCGGACAACAGUUCCUACCAGGGGGACAUCCUGGUCGGGUGCGAUGGCAUCCACAGCGCCGUGAGAGGUGAAAUGUGGAGGAUCGCGAAUGACCUGUCCCCGGGCUGGAUUGCAGCCGACGAGCAUGCUUCCGUCCCCUGCGACUAUGGCUGUGUGUUUGGAAUCUCCAAUCCGUGCGAGGGCAUUGAGCCGGGCGCGUCCAACUCGGUGUUCAAGAAACACGAAUCCUAUGUCAUCAACGGCGGACCAGAAGGUCGGGUGUAUUGGUUCUACUUCUACAAACUGGUCCAACGCGCCUACGGUGAUGACAUUCCGGUGUACACCAAGGACGACGAGAAGAAGCUUCUGAAACUGCGGGAAAACGACGACAUCACCCCGACGCUGAAAUUCAAGCAGAUCUUGGACAACCGGAUCUCGUCCGUCCUGGUACCUUUGCAGGAAUAUGUCUUUAGACAGUGGUAUUUCAAGCGCAUAAUCACCAUCGGAGACGCCGCGCAUAAGUUCCAUCCCAUCGCAGGACACGGCGGCAACGCCUGUAUUGAAUCAGCGGCUGUUCUGGUCAACGCUCUUCGAGACGAACUCAAGAAAGCACGAGGAGGCAAACCGACCCUGGAACAGAUUGAACGCGCGUUCGCCACGACCCAGAGGUUGCGACAGGCCAGGACCGAGACGCUCAAAAGCCAUUCACACGAACAGCAACGGACUGAAUUACUCGACACCCCCUUGCACCACUUUGCUGCUUUCCAUUUGUUGCCGUUGACCGACGUCGAGGACGUCACGUUCAAUUUCUCCCGCAACAUGCCGCUCGCUGAGAAGCUGAUCAGCCCCAAGCUGUCUCCGGUGCCAAAACUGGUCCCGUACAAGGACGAACUCUUACGCGCACCAGUGCCUCGGGGCGCGAAUAAAUGGUACUUUAUCGGAUUCUACCUUCUGGUCGCUGCACUUGUUCACUACGGUAUGUGGAUUCGGUCUGCUCAUUAUGGCCUUGGGGACCAUUUAGGAGGGAUCAUCCAGACCGGGAAAUUCCCGGACGACCCAGCCUUCCCGCUAAAGCGCACUUACAUUGGGAUCAAAGCCAUCGACGACUACCUCGUCUUUCUAGCUGCGGCGUAUAUGCCGGGCCUCAAUAACUGGGACCAGAACUUCGGGACUUUACAGAUGUAUUUCCUCGGAAGUCUCGUUCAACCUAUUACCAUAUGGUCCAUUGAGGCAUAUCGGAAACGCAACGCCCUGACACCGGUGACACUGAUCACUAUUUGGUUCACACUGGUCCAAUGGGCCGGCGUGGGAAUCUACAUGCCCAUCUACUAUGCCGCCUAUACGUACGUCUCGGAACCGGAAACGUACUGGUGGCCACUAAACCGAGAAGUGCCGAUCCAAUACGCAUCUUCACUGAUAUGGGCAGUCAUGAUCGGCUACACCCUACCUACGAUCUUGAUGUUCCUGCCCUGGAAAAGUCCCUACGCCAUCCAGAACGCCGAGACGCUGUGGCAGCCGGCCCCAAUGUUCGUCCCGAUCAUCUGCAGCAUCCUCGGAUAUCUCUACGUCAAGCGACAUAACCUUGUCCACGUCCAGCGAAAGGCCAAGGAGACUUUUCCGGACAUGCCGCAUCUCAAGAGGCUGUACGUCGUCAGCGGAGUCCUGGGCGUGGCACUGCAUGUCUAUUCGCUGGCCAAAAUCGUGUCGUCGCCCAGCAUGAGCUUGACCUCGGUUUUCUGGCCCGACUUUACAGCCCAACCAAAGCCGCUCGGUGAAGGUCUCAGGUCUUUGUUCCUAGCAGACUUCUGGGGCUUCUACGUCGCCACGUACGUUUGGUUGUGCAUGGCCACAUGGGAUCUUCGACGGAUGGGCCGCACAAAUGUCGACAUAGGGCAAGCCUCAGCACUCAUCGCUUUGGCCAGCUUCGUCAUUGGUCCUAGUGCUACCAUGUCGGCGGUGUGGUACUGGCGAGAAAGUGCUCUGGCCAAAACCAGCUUCAGUCGUGGUCUGAUGUGA